AUGAAAACAAAACACGGGGAAUCGAGACAACAACGGCCCCCAAUUGCUGUUGUAAUAGCCUUCUUCAUAUGUUGGGCCCCAUUUCACGUGCAACGAUUGGUCGCUAUUUACGGCACUAAUACAGAGGAUCACAUGACAUCGAACGGCCCGGGGAUGGAGUUUCUUUAUUCUCUAAUGACCUAUGUGUCAGGCAUUUUCUAUUACAUGUCCACGACGGUCAACCCAAUCCUUUAUAAUAUUAUGUCGAACAAGUUUCGCAUGGCGUUUAUGUCUGGUCCGUUCCAGGAGACAUUAUCGAAGAGCUUCAGACUCCCUGGAUUGCCAGCACGUAACGAGCAACGCUCCUAUUCCAGCCUGUCGCGAUCCCAGCAAAGGACGAUCGGUGCCUACGGCUCAAGGAUAGCGGGUACCGAUGGCGGAUCCGGGAUAAUUGCGGACAGCGUGGAGGGCUCGGGGAAUUCCGCGGAGGAGGUGCAAAGUCAGCCGACAGAUAAUGGACCGGCGGAAAGUUCACCGGUGUCCUGCGCCACCAGCGUGCCGCCGCGCGGCGCGACCCGGACGAGCUCCGUGCGGAGCGAGCGCGCCGCCCGAGAGACGAGGAACAACAACGAGGGAACGACCCAGCCGAGGAAUAAGGGAGGAGGCAAUCCGCGGUCGUCGUCGCAGGCGGCCGUCGGCGGGCAUCCGCAGCACACGAGGGACCGGUCGAUUCGUCGGAAUCACGAGGCUGCCGCGGCCUCGUGGAUCAGGAGAACGAAGUACAGGAACGUGCAGCAGAACGUGACCGGCGUGGACAGCUCCGGGAAGAAGUGGUGGCGGUUCCUGAAGUGGUUCCCCGGCCUGAAGGUGCUCAGGUUCCGCCGAGGCGGCACGACCGUGCCUGAGCUGGAUCGCAUGUACGACGAGACGACCGGGAAUCCCCGCGAGGAGCUGCCGAUGACGAUGUGGAAUAUCCGCGACAGCGGCGAACAGCGGCCCGUGUAG